CGUGAGCGCUUGCGGAAGCGGAGCGUGGAAUGUUGGUACAUUGUUGUUGUUUUGUAGUUAAUUUAGUGCGAGCCCGAGGAGACACCGCUGGACGCGCCGCGCCGAACCGAACCGUGUCAAAGUUUCCGCGUCGCCUCCGAACACAGGGACACUUUACUCCACGCCACUGUUUUCCAUUUUUCUUCACGCAUUCCGGUCCACGGCACAAAAUCCGCGUCCACAGAGUGUCUUCUGUGAGAUCCCGGCCACUUGUCUGCAUGCAGGGAAUGACGACUCAGUUCAAGACGAGCAAAGCUUUAAAGAUGUGCUCGUAUGUGUCUUCCACUCUCCACGUGCUACAGGUCAAGAGGGAGGUGGUGGAAAAUGCCCCAGCGGUCAGCGACGACGAGCUGGUGGCCAUGUCCGUGCGCGAGCUCAACCAGCACCUGCGCGGGCUGACCAAGGACGACGUCGUGCGGUUGAAGCAGAGGCGACGCACUCUCAAGAACCGGGGCUACGCCGCCAGCUGCCGCAUCAAGCGUGUCACCCAGAAGGAGGAGCUGGAGAGACAGAAGAUCGACCUGCAGCAAGAGGUGGACAAGCUGGCCCGGGAGAACGCCAGCAUGAGGCUGGAGCUGGACGCCCUGCGAGCCAAGUAUGAGGCCCUGCAGUGUUUCGCCCGGACUGUGACCCGCGGGCCCCUCUCGCCGGGCAAGGUGGCGACCACCAGCGUCAUCACCAUCGUCAAGUCGGCCAACCACAACAACUCCAGCCCAACGCCAUUUUCAGCGCAGUCCUAGUGGCGUCAGGACUGGGCUCUUCUCCUUCUGCCUGGUCCUUCCCGGUUCUGACCCCUCUGACCCCGAACCCACUCAUCCUGUACUGAGAAGGACGCUCGGUAGUUUAGACUGAGGGAUGGGAUGGGGCGGCGAACUCUAUGUGAUGUUAUUCUGAAUUCACGACUGCGUCUCCCUCCUUUCCGUCUGAUUCACACAUUGUCUGUGCACUGUGCAAAUCCCCCCCCACAUCCCGCACCGCCCAGCACCAGCAGGGUAAUGGGCCUCUGUGACCUGACCUCCCUGACUGAUAACAGAGAUUUGCUUUUACUUAGGCGUGAAGACAAAAAAAAAAAAAAAAAGAGUUUGACAUGCCUUUAAUGAGGCAGCACUGGCCAAGGACAGCUCCAAUACUUAUUGCCAUCAGGACAUAACAUAAAGGAUUUGAGAAGCUUGGAGAAGUGACAGUAAAGCUCUUAACACCUUUUCCAAAUGUGUCCUUUAAGGUAAAAGUGCCUCAGUGUAAACAAAGCCUUUAAAAAAAGGAUCUUUUAUUGAUCUCAUGUGUUGGGAAUGGACGUAGCCUUCCAGUUUGAAAAGUGACGCUUAGGAAGUAAAAGUUAGCCACCAGGAGUUCAGCUUGAAUCAAUAACCUGCACCCCACCGCAUCAUCCCCCCACCCCCCACCCUCCAAUCCUCUAGCAAAGCCCCUGCAGGUUUUUUUAAUCGCUCCAUCUUUGCAACGGGGAUCCGGUCUUUUUACGACCGCGGUUGUCGUAAAGAAAUUCUACUCACGGCUCUUCACGCUCCGUUGGGAGAACUGGGCUUGAUCACUGACCAGUGUUUAGCCAAUGGGCUGCAGCAGUGGAACAUUAGCGCUCAUAUCUCCGUCCUGAUUAUGCAAAGUUGUGCUCAGUGGUCACUCAUGUUAAAUUGUGCAUGUGCCAUUUAGGAGCUAAUGGCCAGUGCUCCACAGGAAAGACCCUGUGACUCAUUUUCUUUUUUUUUUUUGGAAUUUGGAAGUUUUCAUUUGUUGGAGAACUUUUGAGAACGUUUUGUGCAAAUCUAUAUCGACUCCACAUAUUGAGGUAGCCGUCUCGGGCCUUUGUGCCAACCUUCUGGCAACUGCCCAAAUAUGGAAAAAGAAAUCACACCUGCAGGGUAUGUUUUCUGCAGCUCUGAUUUCCAAAGCAGCAAAUCUCCUUCAUUUCAAUUUGCUGUCACAAUAGCUCAUCCACAAAACACUCGACUUGAGCUGGUGUUGAAUUUUGUCAGCGAGGCUGAGAAGUGAUUUUCACAUUGACCCGAGUUAAAAACAUUGGUGAGGUGCUGCAUGGUUUCUCUCUCUGCAGCCAUUUUCCCCUUGAGCAAUAAUUCACCUUUUCUGCUUAUAUGAAGUGCAUGAGUUGAAUUAUAUACAUAUAUUUCCAAUUUCAACAGAUUUAACUGACGGCAGACUUGGGAGGACUAAAAUGUAAAAAUGGAAUGGUUGACUUAAGGAUCAGACUUCUUUGGUUUUCGACGUUGCCCAGGAUCGCUCCUUGUUUUAGCACUUAUGAGGAAACUGUUAGGAUGCAGUAUAAAAGAAAGAAACCAGAUGCGAUUAAAGAUGGUGUGACCACUUAUUGCCGGGUCAGGCCUUGCGUAACUUGGGAUGUUUCUGCAACAGCACUUACUGGGUGAUGUCUUUGCCUGGGUCCUUUUAAAAAUGCCACUCUUUGAUAGGUAAUCCAUAUUGGAUAUAGUGUAACGAGAGCGGUCCUUUACGAGUGAAACGCAAUUCAGCCGACUUCCUGUAUAUUACAGAUUACAGACGACGACAAAACUCCCACUGCCUCCCACUUUUUGUCUCAUGUGAAGAUCUCCAUCCGUCCACAUAGAAAUCAUUCCUACUGCUGGGUCACGAGACGCGCUGCUGCCGGUGUUGGUUCACUCUGAAACAGUAGCCAUUCACUUUGCUUUUGACACACUCUUUUGCAAGAGAACUCCUGACGCUCAUCUCUACAAAAAAAACAAAAACAAAAAAAACAGUCUUUGUCAACAAACACACUUCCUUCCUCCUGUUGUACGUUUUUUUUUUUUUUUAGAGAUAUUUAAAUAUGAGAUUCACUUGAAAAAUCAAGCCGUUCUUACCGAGGAUCCAUUCCUUAAUUUGGAGUGAAGUGAAUAGAGAUUGUUCAAUGUCGGGAUUUUCACUUGGCUAAGAGGACAUGACUGUUCUUCCCCCUUUUGUUCCAUAGCUGCAAAGAACAGUGCGGGGAACUUUGCUGCUGUACGACCUGCUGUGAUUUUUUUAAGCAGGGGCAUUGCUGUGUUCUUACUUCUUCAUUUUUGUAUGUUUUCUAUGUAGAUACAACCUAUGUCCUCUUUCUGAUACCUAGUUUUAUAUGCAUAUACAGUCUAUUAUAUAUAUAUAUAUAUAUUACAUAUUUUUCUAUAUUUAUGUCUUUUACUAUCCCGGGAGUGGUGUGAUUAUGUAAUCAUUCUUUGAAGUCUAAUUAUGUUGAAGAUGACCCUUUUUUUUUUUUCUGAAAAAGAAAACUAUUGUCAUAGCUUAAAACUUCCUUGUGAAUAUAUCUAUCUA